GUGAAACUUUUUUUUUUGGACGUGUCGUCUCCGUUUUGUUGUUUUCUUAGCUAUGCUAGGCUAAAGUGUGCUAGCUAGUUUCAGGCGGCUGUUACGAGCUACGCGCGGACGUGACAGUGCCAGGAGGGGAGACGCGACCCGGAGCAGAGGUGCGGUGCGACCACGGCGGGCACAGUGUCGGCGGCUGCAGAGGAGCAGCUCGGGGAGCAGGUCGAGGAGGAGAGACAAGCACCGGCGGCUGCAGAGGAGCUGCACGGAGGCGGGGAGCCUCGCGCUCGGAUGGCUACGUUCGGGACUAUCGGUGAAUUUGUGGAGGGAAACGAGGACUGGACAGAGUAUGAGGAGAGGUUGGGACACUUUUUCAAUGCUAAUGGGAUUACUGAAGAGGCUAAAAAGCGCUCUAUUCUCCUGAGUGCGUGUGGAGCAAAGACUUAUAAGCUGAUAAGGAAUCUGGCCACACCGCGGAAACCGGGGGACAUCCCCUAUGAGGAACUGGUCGCGCUCGUGGCGAACCACCACAAUCCGAAACCGUCUGUGAUAGUCCAACGCUUCAAGUUUCACAGCCAUUUCCGGAAGCAAGGUCAGUCUGUAGCCAACUUUGUAGCUGAGUUACGGCAGCUGUCAGAGCAUUGUGAUUUCGGGACAGUGUUAGAUGAUAUGCUCCGUGACAGACUUGUGUGCGGCAUUAACAAUGAUGCUAUACAGCGCCGCUUACUGGGGGAAACCCCACCGCUGACUUUUAAGAAGGCCCUAGAGAUUUCACAAGGUAUGGAGAUGGCUGCUAACAAUGCAAAGGACAUUCAGAAAGGAAAUGGAGGCGCACAGACAGCAGCAGUGCACCAAGUCAAGAGAGAGACUGUUAAGAAUGCCAAACGGGUGGAGUGUUUUCGGUGUGGGGGGACACACUACGCAAAUGAUUGCAAAUUUAAAGACACUGUCUGCCAUGUUUGUAGUAAAAAAGGGCAUUUAGCUAAAAAGUGCAGAAGUUCAAAAGGGAAGGGAAAGCCUGGGCAGGGAAAAAGUCAUCAGCCUCAGGCAACCACACACCAUCUAGAGGAAGAGGGUGUGUGUUCCUACAACAUGUUUGGGGUGGAAACAGACGAAGAACCUCCUGAACCUUAUUAUGCUACAGUCAAUGUUAAAGGGCGGGACAUCACGUUCGAGAUUGACUCAGGAGCUACUGCAUCUGUCAUCAGUGAGGAGACGUACAGGAGCACAUGGGGGCAUAACCUGCCUCCCCUCAGACGUUCAAGGCUCAGACUCAGGACCUAUACAGGGCAGCCCAUCCCUCACUUAGGGGUGAUCUAUGUGGACAUUUCGGCAGAGGGUCAAAAGGCGAAAGCCAGGCUGGUGAUAGCUAAAGGCAACGGGCCCAGUCUUUUGGGCCGUGACUGGCUUCGCAAGAUUCGACUCAACUGGCAUGAAAUAAAGUAUGUGCACGCAACAGAGGACAUUCUGAAACAGUACAGUGACGUGUUCAGAGACGAACUGGGCACACUGAAGGACGUGACAGUAAAGCUGCAUGUUGACCCUGAGGCCACGCCGCGGUUUUGCAAGCCCAGAUCAGUGCCCUAUGCCAUGAAAGGCAAGGUUGAGGAAGAACUGGAGCGGUUGCAGAGGCUUGGUAUCAUCGAGCCUGUCCAGUUUUCGAGGUGGGCGGCACCCAUUGUGCCAGUUUUGAAAGAGGACAAAACUGCACGGAUAUGUGGGGACUACAAGCUCACGGUGAAUCAGGUCUCGAAGCUGGAGGAGUAUCCCUUGCCACGCAUAGAGGAUCUGUUUGCGACCCUGGCAGGAGGUAAGCUCUUCACAAAGCUUGACAUGAGCCAGGCAUACCAGCAGCUGCUACUGGAUGAGGACUCAAAAGAGUAUGUCACCAUCAACACACACAAGGGAUUGUUCAAGUACAAUCGCCUGGUGUUUGGAGUAGCGUCCAGUCCUGCCAUCUUCCAGAGAACAAUGGACACUAUGCUGCAGGGGAUCCCGCAUGUGGCAGUCUACCUAGAUGACAUUUUGAUCACAGGGGCCACAGAGGCAGAGCAUUUGGCUAACUUGGAACAGGUGCUGAAGAGGUUCUCAGAUGCAGGGUUGCGGUUAAAGCGCAGCAAAUGUGUGUUCCUAGCACCAAGUGUGACCUACCUAGGCCAUAAGAUCACAGCAGAGGGACUCUGCCCAGUGGAAGACAAAGUAAGGGCUAUUAAGGAGGCCCCGAGCCCCAAGUGUGUCACUGAACUGAGAUCUUUUUUGGGCAUGGUGAACUAUUAUGGCAAAUUCCUGCCCGACCUCUCGAAGGUUUUGGCCCCACUGUACAAGCUGCUUCACAACGACACUAAGUGGCAGUGGUGCGAGGAGCAGGAGGGAGCUUUUAAGGAAGUAAAAGAGCUCCUCCACUCAGCGACGCUCCUAGUUCACUUUGACCCAGAUAAGGACAUAACCCUUUCGUGUGACGCUUCCCCAUAUGGUAUUGGGGCAGUUCUUUCACACGUUAUGGAAGAUGGGUCCGAGAAGCCAGUUGGUUUUGCUUCACGUACGCUGACAGCGGCGGAGAAGGGAUACUCUCAGCUGGACAAAGAGGGCUUAGCCAUUGUUUUUGCUGUCAAGCGUUUCCAUCAGUAUCUCUAUGGCCGUGCAUUCAAAAUCUAUACGGACCAUAAGCCACUGAUGAGCCUGUUCAGCGAGACCAAAUGCAUCCCGCCACUAGCCUCAGCCAGGAUACAGCGCUGGGCGCUCACACUGUCAGCCUACCAGUACACCAUAGAGUACAGAGCGGGUAAGGACAAUGCAAACGCAGACGCACUGAGUCGGCUGCCAUUACCAGACACACCCGCUGUGACACACGUACCUCCCGAGACUGUUUUUACAUUGGAGAGGCUGGCAGAGACACCUGUCAAAGCCUCCUGCAUAAAGCAGUGGACAGAGAGGGACCCAGUCCUGUCCCAAGUCAAAACCUUCCUUUUGCAGGGUUGGCCCAGUGUGGUUGAAGGAGAGGAGUUGAGGCCUUAUGCUAAACGCAAAACAGAACUGAGUCUGCAGGAUGGCUGCAUCUUUUGGGGUGCGAGGGUCAUCGUGCCUCCCCCAGGUCGUGCACAGAUCAUGGACGAGUUACAUGAGACUCAUCCAGGGGUAUCGCGGAUAAAAAGUCUUGCAAGGUCCUAUGUCUGGUGGCCGAGACUGGAUCAGGAUCUAGAGAACAAGGUGAGAGCAUGCACUCAGUGUCAGGCCAAUCAGAACAUGCCUCAACCAGCCCCCUUGCACCCUUGGGAGUGGCCAGACCGCCCCUGGUCUAGGCUACAUUUAGACUUUGCUGGUCCGUUCAAAGGGCAGAUGUUUCUUAUAAUGGUGGAUGCACACUCUAAGUGGAUAGAGGCCCACCUCAUGAGCAACAUUACAGCCCCCACAACCAUUGACAAACUCAGGCAAGUGUUUGCAGUACAUGGUUUGCCUGACAGAUUAGUCACUGAUAAUGGCCCGACAUUCACCAGCGAGCUGUUCAGUGAGUUCAUGCAACAGAAUGGCAUUCAUCACAUACGGACAGCUCCUUUCCACCCCGCCUCAAAUGGGUUGGCUGAGCGGGCUGUUCAAACAGUGAAGCAGGGCCUGAAGCGGAUGACAGGAGAUUCGCUCAGCACUCAGCUUUCGCGUUUCCUGUUUAAAUACCGCCUCACGCCACACCCUACGACGGGACGCUCACCAGCAGAGAUGCUGAUGGGGCGUAGGCCCAAGUCGAGGCUGGACCUGCUGCGCCCUGACAUGAAGGCAAAAGUGGAGGAAAAGCAGAAAAAGCAGAAAGACCGACAUGAUCAACAUGCACGGGAGAGACAGUUGAAACCGGAUGGCUGUGUCUACGUGAGGAACUUCAGCGGCAGUAACAACCAGCAGUGGCUGCCUGGAGUUAUUCUCAAGCGUAGUGGGCCAGUCUCCUAUGUUGUUAAGCUGACUGAUGGGAGGAUUUUCCGCAGACAUCAGGAUCAUGUUCGCGUGCGGCAUGAUACAGUUGUGGAGAGAGACAGUGUUGCUGAGUUUCCAGUGGUGAGACCGACAGCUGUGGAGGUGGGUCAACCAGAGAGAGAGAGACACAGGCAGAGGUUUCUGAGCCAUCCAGAGAGGGAGAACCCUCUCACACUGACACCCAGACCCCUCUCAGUGCUGCAACACCAGAUCCGCCCAAAACACAUACACCAGGAGGGAAUGCUGGGUCACCGGGGGUAGUGCGAAGGUCACAGCGCACUCGCAAACCUCCAGACAGACUAAAUGUUUGAUGGACCAAUGUACGUUGGACUGAAUGUUAAAGCUGUCAUGUUUUCCAUGUGUUUGUAUUUACAGCUGUUGAGGAAAUACUUUAUGUUUUGAGAGUACCUCAGUUAAAGACAAAAAUGGGACUGUUUGGUUUCUGCUAGUAAUUCACAUUUUGGGGAGAAUGUUGGAAUUUAAAGGGGGAGAAGUAUUGUGAUGUGAACAUUGUU